AUGAAUAUCGUAACGCUUCCCUGUCAUGAUGCUACCAAAUUCUGUCGCUUCUGCAUGUCGGAAAUCAAUCUGCUGAACGUGAUCGGUUCUAGUCCGGCCGACCAGGAGGCUCACAGUGAAGUGCUAAUGCUUGCAAAAACCUAUCUGAAGGUGGAGCUUCAGCCGGACAAGGAUUUCCCGAGCGCGGUAUGCGAGAUGUGCAUCACCCUGCUGUACGAUUUCGACAAGCUGUACAACCAUGCACGGGACUACAGCUACGCACUGCGGAUACUGCUGGAAGGCCAGCGAAAGAUGGUGAAUGAUAUUGAAUCGGAAAUUCCCGUCAACACGAUAGAAUCGACGCUGGACGUGUUUGAUACUUCGCCAUUUUUGUUCAACGAUAUCGAUAGCAGUGCGUACGAGGGAGAGGAGCUACUCGUAUCGAAUGUGAUUGGCGAUCAGAUCGUACUGGAAGAUGUGCCAGUGAGGGAGGAUAGCGAACAGCAAGAGGCACAAAUUGAUGUGUAUCAUGUCGAUGGUCAGCUGCAGCAUAUCGUCAUGGAGGGUGGAACAUUAAUCGAAGUGAAGACGGAAGAAGCACCGAAACCCCCUGUCAAUCUUUUAAACGUCUCCCUAUCCAAAGCCGCUGCUACCUAUUCGUCGGUUAGAAAACGUUCCGCAGCACCAUCCAAUUCUCAGUUACCGGCUGUGCUACCGAAGAAACCUGUGCCAAUGAAACUUCCCACUGUCCUGAUGAACACUCCAACCCGAACGCUCAAUAAGGAAGCUAGCGGCACGACGAAAAAACCUACCACUGCUCAUCUUCCCGGACAACUGCAGCAGCAGCAGCAGCAGCAGCAGCAGCACAAGCAAGGUGGCGUUGCUUCGAAGCAGCUGUACCGUUGCAACCAGUGUUCGAAUCUCUUUGUGGAGCUUUCCAACUAUUACAGUCACAUCUGCCAGAUGCGGCAUACGGAGGGCAGCUUACAUAAUAACAGCGCGUCGAGACCAUCGGCAGUAAUGGGCGACAGUCAGCGGGUGCAGUGUAAGCUGUGCAACAUGUCCUACCGUACCAAGCUACAGUAUCAGAAGCACGAGUACGAGGUGCACGGUAUUAGGAAUGAAAACUUUGGCAUCAAGUGUACCAUUUGUCAGAAACUGUUUUCCCAACGGCAGGACUACCAGCUACACAUGCGAGCGAUACAUCCGUUGCAGAGUGUAAGUUUAGUGAAGAUACAUUAA